AUGCGGCUGCCCCCAGCUCUGCUCCUUCUCUGCCUCUCAGGCUGUCUCUCCCUCCAAGGCCCAGAGUCUGUGAGGGGCCCAGAGCGGGGCUCGGUGACUGUGCAGUGUCACUAUAACCAAGGAUGGGAGACCUAUGAGAAGUGGUGGUGUCGAGGGGUGAAAUGGCAUUUAUGCAAGGUCCUCGUUCAAACCGGAGGGUCAGAGCAAGAGGAGAAGAGUGGCCGUGUGUCCAUCAGGGACAGUUGGAGAGACCGCUCGUUCACCGUGACCAUGGAGGGGCUCAGGCAAGACGACGCAGACACUUACUGGUGUGGGAUCCAGAAAGUCGGAACCGACCUUGGGACCCGAGUUAAAGUGAUCGUUGACUGAGUGGGAUCAGCUUCCUCCCCAGAAAGCCCGUCUGGUUCCUCUGGUUCCUCCAAGAGGACCCACUACAUGCUCCUGGCAUUUGUGAAGGUGCCCAUCUUGCUCAUCCUGGUUGGUGCUGUCCUCUGGUUGAAAGGGUCUCAGAGGGUCCCUGAGGAACUGAUCUACACCAACUUGUCCUCUGAACUUCCGGCCAAAGACACGGCCCCUUAGACAGAAGGAUCAGCAGAGCCUUCCCACCCCGGACCCCGUUUCCAGAGGAGGCCUGGGCUGUGGAAGAAACACCUCUGAGCCCUCAGGAUGCAGUGACUGAGGCCGGCCUCUGGGCCCCCACCCUGGCCCUGGGGGCUAGGGCACCUCCCUGCUUUGCACGGCUCAGGGACACAGCUUGGG